UCCACACCCUGCCCUCCCCCAGGUCCUCCUCCAGCAGAGCCCCAUUUCCCUGCUCUGUGACUGUCUGGAGCCAAGCCGGUGGCAGAGCUGCCAUGGCAGAGGAGCGGACAGAGCUGGAGGAGAGGAUCAUCGUCAAGGACCAGCACAUCAAGGAGAUUGACCUGGUGAACAGAGACCCAAAGCAUAUAAACGAGGACGUUGUAAAGGUGGAUUUUGAAGAUGUGAUAGCUGAGCCUGUGGGAACAUACAGCUUUGACGGCGUCUGGAAAGCCAGCUACACCACCUUCACUGUCAGCAAGUACUGGUGUUACCGGCUGCUCUCUGCCAUCCUGGGCAUCCCUCUGGCAGUCAUCUGGGGCUUCCUCUUUGCCCUCAUCUCCUUCUGCCACAUCUGGGCAGUGGUGCCCUGCAUCAAGAGCUACCUGAUAGAGAUCCAGUGCGUCAGCCGAAUCUACUCCCUCUGCAUCCACACAUUCUGCGAUCCACUCUUCGAGGCACUCUCCAAGAUCUGCAGCAACAUCAGAGUUGCUUUCCGGAAGGAGAUCUAAGUCUCUACAGCUGCCCCAACCAGCCCUCGCACGGCCACCCCUUUGCGCAGCAUACCCUGCCCUUGGGCCCCCACGCGCAGGUACCUGUGCAGUCGGGGGGCGCCGCCGCAGAGAUGGCUGUCGAGGAUGCUCCCUGCAGAUGGAGGCACACCGGGCUGCCCCUUACUCCACCCCAAAGCCAGCAGCUUUAGGACAAGAGAAGCCAAAUAAGGCUCGGUGAGCAGCCCAAGGAGAACCCUCUACCCUCCAGGACCCCCACACUGCACUCUGCUCCUGUAGAAGGGACCGCAGCAUCUCCUGGACCACAGCCCUGGGCUGCAACCUACAGCUGCAGAGCAAGAAGCGAGGAUGCAGAGAUGCUGCUGGCAAACAGACCAAACCCUGUGUGCUUCUCUAGCCCUUUUGUCUAUCAUGACACUAAGAGAAAUACUUGUAUAUGAAUUAUUAUUAUUAUUAUUAUUUGCUGCAAAUAAUUGUCAUUAUGGAGGCUUCUGCAUUAAAUCACGCUGCACAAAAGUUUUAUGGAUAGAAUAGUGGAAACAAACUUUUCUUUCAGUGUAUUUGCAUUUCAGCAAAGCUUUGAAAUCCAGAUCAAUUACUAAAUGAAAUGUUGUCUCUGUCUUCUGGGAGUAUGUGCUGAGCUUGAGCCAUGAGCAAUUGCAAAACCAUCUGUGGCAGUUUGACACUCACUACUUAAUUACGAGUCAUCGUUAUGCUUUGUGUUCAGGAUUCAACAGGCAGUACAGCACAGGUGGGCAGCCAUCCUGCAUAUUGCCCGUGAGCACAUGGGGCUGCAGAGGGGCAGCCAGGCAGGACCAUGGGGAACAAUGAAAACAAACGGCUUUUGAUAACUUUACUUGAGAAAUUAGAAGCUUGGCUUUAAGUAAAGCUUUGGCUUUUUUUUCUCAGGGAUAAUAUUUACUACAUCCUUGCUUGUUUGAUGGAAGGCAAGCUCUAGCCUACAGCAAUGCAUGUAUCUGACAUAGUGAGGACCGUCCCUCUGCUCUGUGCCCUGCCCUGCUUCAUCUGCCAUCCUCACGCUGGGGUCCAGGACCACAACAACCCCUCAGGCUCUGCCCCGAGGGAGGACACCCACAUCCGCUGCAUUGGACCCUUCCCUCCAGCCAGUCGCCCUCCCGUAGCAUCCCACAGGGCUUGCCCAGGUGUGCCAGGGGAGCGAAGGAAAGAACCUCCUCCAGGACACUGCCCACCCCCAGCCACUCCAGUAAAAACACAGGGAUAAGGGAAAAAACGUCCAAUUCAGAGCUAUUUCCUCCCCUGUAUUUUCAGUUAAUUUGUUUAGUCCAUCUUCCAUGAAGCCACACUUCAACUUUGAGGCACUUAAAUGCUUUUUUGGCUCUGGCCAUAAGUGCUUGGCUGAAACAGGGCCCAGGAGGUCUCGUUGUUCAGAGGGUAUUCUCAAUCGUAUUCAUGUGCUUUUUUUUCCCCUGGCUUCCAACAAAGACUUGGAGCCAAAGUCUCUUCUAGUGCCAUGCCAAGGACAAGAGCGAGCCAGAUUUUCUAUUGGUGCUCCUCCAGCGGCUUGAGAUUGUGGACUUUCAUUAUUCCAUAGUAAUGUAUCACCCAUGCUCUAGCAACACCAGGCCUCAAGAUGGAUGGAGUUAUACCAAAAAUAUAUAAAUACAUAUAUAUAGAUAGAUAUUUGUAGGGGGGGAAAGUUUCCAAAAAUUAUUAUCGUAAGCAUUUU